UAUCAUGCGCUUAUAGCAGGUACCUAUAGCGUAUUUACCUAUUUACCGACCGAAUCAUUUGCAUUUGCCAUGCUCUUCAGACAGCAGUUGAUAAAAUUAUGAUGAUUUGAAACGGCGAGAAGAUGUUUCCAUUGUAUGUGACUGGUUUACCGGGUGAAAUUACACUUGACGACUUGAUUAUAUAUUUUCAAUCGGGAAAAUCAGGCGGCGGUGAUGUUGAUUAUGAAGCUUGCAAAUUGGAUGGCGACAAAGCAGUCAUAGUGUUUGAGAAGAAGGAAUAUUUGGAAAAUGUUUUACAAAGAAAUCACGAACUUGAUGGCCAUAAGUUACGAAUAUCUGCCGAAGAUGAUAAACGUAAGAAACCAGUUCCGAAGAGACGAACAAGAAAGAAGCCAGAAGGAAAGCCGGAAGAAAAGCCCAAUGACAAUCAGAAUCAACCAGACGCUGAAAAAGCUCAUCUUGGUGAAGUUCGAACUGUUAUCGUAAGUGGCCUUUGCCCAGAUUCAACAAACGAAACUGUGGAAAUGUUUUUUGAAAGUAGUAGAAGGUCUUGUGGAGGGAAAAUAGAGAAACUGGAAAGAUUGGAACCAGGCGUUACUCAUAUUACUUUUACCAGUGCUGAAGUUGCAGCACAAGUAUUAAAGCAGGAUAAACUGGAACUGGAUGGGUAUCUUUUACAACUAAAAGAAAAACAACCUGAGUUGGUUCUUCCUGUGGACAGGAAAAAGUUGUAUGUUGAAAACAUAAACCCGAAUACGAGCGAAGACAGCUUGUGGAAUUACAUGGAAAUAAGAGCAAAAGAGGAUGUGUCUGAUAUACAGUUUGGUGAUAAUGGAAAUGCUUUUGUAACAUUCAAACGAGAACCAGAUAUGAAGAAAGUGUAUGACUACAAGAAGAAAUUGGAAGGAGCUGUAUUAAAGAUUUCCAAUCCUCCAGUAUGUAACAGCGUUUUAGUAACAGGACUCUCUAAGAAGACAACAAAACAAGGAAUUGAGAUGUACUUUGAGAAUGAACGAAAUGGUGGAGGCAAAAUAUAUGGGGAUAUUAUAUAUCAAAAAGAUAAAGGAAUAGCAGUCGUCUCAUUCUGUGACCCAAAUGUCGUCAGGAGUUUAAUCGACAAAAGGCACAAACUAGAUCAAUCUCUCCUGACAUUACGUCAACACCAUCAAUUCAUGGAAACAAUAACAGAAAUAACCACUAGGGUGGUAAAGUUAGAUGCACGUGUAUUGGAUCAUGCUGUCAGGAAUUUUGAGAAGGAACUUCUUGAUCUGUUUGGGGCUAAAAUACUCGAAAGUUUGAAAGAAAAUAACGAAGAGAUGACCUUGCCAAGCGAAGCAGCAAAUGAAAUGGAAAAAUACAUGGCCGAAUUUUCAGUCGAAAAAGUAAAAAUAAGUAAAAAGUUGUUAGAUGAUUCCAGGAAUGAGCUGGAAGAUAUGAUAACAAAGACGAAACAAGCCAACAUUAGUGUCGUAACAAAUGAAGAACAACUACGAAUAGAGCUUGUUGGAAAGAAAGCUGACGUAAAGAACACUCGUGGUGAAUUUCGGGGUGCAAUUGCCAAAAUGGAGAAGGGGUUAAAUAUUGUUACCGAGGAGAUUCCUAAUGUACCCAAGACAAAGUUUGCUUUACUCUCCCUUCACGGUGCCAUCGAAAUGUUGGAAAAAGAUUUUCAUGUGCAAGUAGUGAUUGAGCAACGAAAGAAUGCAAUUUUAUUGAAAGGAACUGGAAAACAUGUUUCCCAUGCUAAAAUGGAAGUGUUACAGAAAUGUUCUCAGAUAAUAGAAGAAACUGUUGAUCUCAACAAAAAUGAAAAACGUUUUCUUGAACAAGGGGGACUCGAUUUAAUAAAUGACUGUAUGAAACAAAUGAGAUUGAAAGGAAUGAUUUCUCUCAGCCAGGUAAAGGGUAACAAAGCUAAGAUUCUCGUUUUCGAUGGCGCUAAAGUUGCAGAUGUUGAAUCGCACUUGAAAAUCAAUAUGUAUCAAAAACAGUAUACGCUUGAUGAAGACAGUCGCACUCUACUCAACAGUAACAAAUGGGAAGAAUUUUGUAGAAACGUUAUGACUGGUACCUCAGUUAUGAUAUUCACAAAUCAAAAGUCAGCUGAAAUUUCAUUAAUUGGAAAGAAACCCGAGGUGGAGCAAUCUUAUAAUAGUUUGGAAGAAUUCAUGAAGCGCAAUACCAUCGUGAAAGAAAGUGUUGAUUUAGAAGAGGGAUAUUUGGGAUACUUAACGGAGUACUGUGAAGAACAUAUUCGGGCGAUCGAAAAAGAGUUGGAAGAGCAUUCUGUAAGGGUAAAUUUUGUAGAAGAUGCUGAAACGGUAAUAAUAAAUGGUACCAAGGAGGGCGUUAAAAAAGCUAGGAAGCAGUUGCAUGAUAUUGUGUCGACUAUAGCCAAAGAUACAAUCUUUUUUGACAAACUGAGAAGCCAAAAAUACCUGAAAUCCGAGGAAGGGAAAAUUUUAAUCGAGGGAGUGGAAGCGAAGAAUAAAUGCUUGAUCCGACUGACAGAAGAUAAUGGAAGAAUAUCUACGACAAUUUCCUCGACUAGAUCGAAGCCACAACCAGGCAAACGAACUUCGAAAUUGCUGUGCAGCUAUGAAACUCAAGAAAAAAUCUCACUAAAAGUUUACAAAGACGAUAUUACGGCCCAUCGCUGUGACGUCAUCGUCAAUGCAGCUAAUGGCGACCUCAAACAUAUUGGUGGAGUGGCAAAGAGUAUUUUAGAUGCCGGAGGAAGAGAGAUACAAGACGAAUGCGACGAAAACGUCAAAGAAAAUGGAAAGCUUUUUGACGGAGAAUGUUUCAGUGGAAGUCCAGGAAAAUUGCCUUGUAAAGUUCUGGUCCAUGCUGUCGGCCCUCGUUGGGAUUCAAACAAUCGGAAGAAGACACGCAAAUUGUUGAGUGUUACCUGCACGAAAGCCCUCGAAGAAGCGAUGCAAUACCAAUCAAUUGCAAUUCCUGCAAUCGGAAGUGGUAUUUUUGGUGUACCGAAAGAUGUUUGCGCCGAAGUCAUGAUCGAAGCCGCCGAGGAAUUUGGUAGGAAAUACGACAAUUCUAGUUUGAGAGAGAUUCACUUUGUCAACAAUGAUGAUGAGAGUGGGCACGUUUUUGUCAAGAAAUUUCGCGAGAAAUUUCGUGGACGACCAUCGUUCAUGGAUAAUGAGGGGAAUGGUAACAGAAGAAGAGCUCGCCCUUCGGUGCAACCGCGUUUCCGAGGAACCCAGCCCCCAAAAAGAACACAGGAAGCAUAUCCUACAGAAGAUGUUUCACGAAGACGAAAGCCAGAUGAUUUGAUUAUUACGAAGCAGAACAUGAAAAUUUCAGUAGUUGUUGGUGACUUGUCAACAUACAAGGCCGACGUGCUUGUCAACACAACGGGAGAGAAUCUUAAGCUUGAUUCUAAUCCUUGUGGUAAAGCUCUGAGCAACGAGGCGGGUCCAACACUGCAAGCCGAAUGUAGCAGGAUUGGAAGUUUAAAGGUCGGUCAGGUGGCUGUCACAACAGGAGGGAAUUUGCUUUGUGAUGAGGUGUAUCAUGUUGUGUGUGUCCAGUGGAGCGGAGGACAAGGAGAACAGGUGUUGAGGGCGAUUAUAAAAGACUGUUUGAAAAAAUGUAACUCAAAUGGAAAGACGUCCAUUGCUUUUCCGCCAUUGGAACAGGUAUUAGGUUUCCCACAUGAUGUUGCGGCAAAGAUAUUUUUCGAAGAAGCGAAAGGGUUUGGGACCAAGUUUCCGAACAGCAGCGUAAAGGAAGUCAGCUUUGUCGUUUACAGUCAAGAUGCCAAGUCGAUUCAAGCGUUUAAGAAUCAAUUGCAGCAGCAACCAGAAUCGAGCACAAACGAAGGUGUCAAAAGUGAGCCAGCUGUUAAGUCGCAAGAUAGAUGGAGGAAAAAACCAAGCACUCCACACGAAACAAAAGAUAGUGUUUUGUGCGUUGAGGUUGGUAAUGGUAAAAAAGUAGACAUCGUGAGAGGGGACAUAACGAAGGAAACAACUGAUGUCAUUGCCCACUUAACUAACCCCGGGCUGGUUUUCCAUAGUGGAGUGGCAAACGCUCUAUCCAGGGCAGGAGGAGGGGACAUAGAGGGAGAAUGCGAAGAAAAGGCCAGAUCAGCAAAACCUUCCAUAACAACUACCGUUCUAACAACUGCAGGACGAUUGAAUGCAAAAUAUAUUGCUCACAUGGUUGCUUCUAGUGACCCCAGUUCAAACGAAAUUGAAAAGUGCAUAACAAAUUGUCUGAAAGAAGUUACAGAUAAAGAGUGCGAAAGUAUUUCAUUUCCUGCGGUUGGAACGGGCUCCCUGAAGCGAAAUCCUGAGAAAGCCGCGACAACAAUUUUUUCAUCCAUCGUACGCUUUCUGCAGUCAAGUUCUGGAUCAGUCAAAAAUGUCCGCAUUGUUGUGAAGGAUGACGAACUGGUCACGGCUUUUCAAGCGUCAAUAAAGGCUUUCAGUGAAGGUGAAGAACCUGGAAUGUUUAGAAAGUUCGCAAACCUUUUCUGGAAAACCGAAGCACCAACUUUAAACGUAAAAGAGAAUUAUAUCCCUGAAGCUACGACAAAACUCUUUUUAGUUAUCUACGCGAAGAAUGAAGCCACUGUCAAGAAAGUAAAAGAAAAAAUCCUGAAUGUUCUCGAAUCUCACAAGAAGAAGGAUAAAUUAGAGAACCCCAACAUUGAAAAUUUGUCCAGUCAGCAAAUGAGAGCAAUUGAACAUUUGUGUAGAAUGAACGAUCUUGAAGUUGAUAUUCAAAAAGAACUGGGUCGCAUUGUCGUUGUUGGUCACAGUGAGGAUGUUACCAAAACGUUUAGCGAAAUUUCUAAUAUGUUUAAAGAAAUUGAAGAAGCUGAAAGAGAAAAGGAGAAGGCUGCCUUGCAUGCUGACUUUGCUGAGAUAGUUUCCCAAGGCGUGCAGUGGUUUUACGAAAAUCCAACAGAUGGCAGCCACGAAGAUUACGAUAAGCUUACAAACGCUUCCAUCGAGAAAGCCUACAUCAGAAAAGAAAAAUCAGUUAUCUUCAGUUUGUUGAAUGAAAGAUGUGAAAUUGUAUUUGAUAAGAUGGAGGAGACCAAUUUAGACACAAACCAGAAGAUAAAGGUGAUCAGAAAAGAUCUUAAAGCUGAAUCUGUGUCUAUUCCUGACUAUUGGGAUCCUCAGCCACGGGAUGCGAAUGGUAAAGAAUUGGCCGUACAUCUUGUUACCCUGAACCCUAACGAUCCAAAACAGAAAGACGAGCACAAGAAGAUCUCUGAUCAUUUUAAUCAAACAGCAGGAAAUCAACGAAUUCAACAGAUCCAGCGAAUCCAAAAUCCAUCGUUGUUUAAGCUGUAUCUUAUAAUGAAAGAAAGUUUAGACCAAAAAGGCGGAAGUAAUGAGAAGUUCUUGUUCCAUGGUACGGCUGGCGACAAGUUAAGCGAAAUUAACGCGAAAGGUCUGAAUAGGAGCUUCGCUGGAAAUAUCAAUGGAGUCGCUUUUGGUAGAGGUGUUUACUUUGCAAGAGACGCUCAAAUGUCCGCCGGAUAUGCUCCGCAACAUGCGUCGACUGGUCAAAGAUAUAUGUAUUACACACGAGCUGCAGUCGGGCAAUACGCCGUGGGUAACUCAAGCAUGGUGGUACCACCAAAGAAAUCAGGCAAUGAUUCCUACGAUUCUGUUGUCAACAACGUAACAACUCCAACAAUCUUUGUCUUGUUUUAUGAUAAUCAGUAUUACCCAGAAUAUUUGAUCACCUUUGUUUAAAGUGCAUGAUGUUUAAUUUGUAUUAUUCAUGCGGUAUUGUCCAAAAUAUUUUUAAAUCAAUUUUUUAUAAUAAAUAAGAAAGAGUUCGAGAUUGACGUGUGUCAUUUGUGACGAAAAGUAUAGCCUACUAACACCGGCACUCUUCAACCCCUGUAUCUUGAGUCACGCGGUAUUGCCUAUUGCAAUUGGUAUAGGCACGACGUGCCAAGGGUCCUAAAGGCAGAUUUCCACGAGUUGCAUGCUUAAAAGCCUAGAUCUAGUCGGUCGUUCAACAGCUAAUACAAUUACAAUGCUAAUACAAUCUCCAAUGACGUCGACCAAUUUUUAUGAGUUUAAAUAUUACCCUAAAUGGGGUGUAUACGAUUUAAUAAGUAUGCACAUGUUAUAGAGCAAUAAAGAAAAUCGUAAACGUCAUAAGUUAAUCAAACAUCAUUUAUCUCGAACUUUUUCUUAUCGUGAUUAUUGAUUUUGUAAUUAUGGUUUUUCGUUAUCUUAUAUAUCACAUAAUUAUUAGCAUUUAUGGAUUUUAGAAUAGGGGGCCAUGCACCGUAUAGCUGGCAAGUAAUUUUCAAAGGACUGUUUCAGCUGGCCAGACUAUUGGCAGUUUUAUUCUUCUCUGGAAAUACCAUUCUGCCGUUUAUGCCGGUCAAACACAAAACUUAGGGAGUCGUUUGAUAGUCCUCUCGAAAUUACUGUUGUUUGUUGCAAACCUAUCACUUAAACGCACUUGAUUUUUAUCGGUUGAUUUAGUAUUAUUAGUGUAAUCAUAUAGUAUAAUAAUUUGAUAUAUUGGGUAUAUGGACGUAGCUAAAUGUCACAGGCUGCAGGAAGGGGUCGUUUUGCUGUUCUAAGUUUAAUUUACUAUGGCAGAGUUUUCAGCAAAAAUGCAUAGAAUUGCAAUAUUUUACUUAUGUUAAAAUGAAUGUACCGAACAGCAGCUAUCCUUGAGAGAAACGACGGUGCAAACACGAGUUUGGCAUUUGCUUUCUUUAUAUUUAUAAUUCUAUUCACAAUACAGCUUGCAUGAGGAAAAGUUGACUCACUGCAUGGCGCAUGCUAAGUUUUAGUUCACAUCAUUUCCGGGCAUCACAUCAUCGGGCAAAAGUAUAGGUUUAUCUGGGAACAGACAGUUGCAUAUUCAGGUGCGAAAUUAUAUCGUGCUGGUGAAAUUAAUUUGCGAAAGGUCGGAGUUAAAAUCGUGCUAGAAACAAUCUUCUGUUUCGACAGCAUGCACAAUAUUCUGGACGUACGCAGACUCGUUCCCAGUCGCCCUUGUCUUUGAUCGAUUGUGUUGAAAAAUGGUUUAAAUUUGACGCAAUGACCGCUAUUUUCCUGAGUCUGUGACUUGUUUUACAUAUAUUGUGUCGUCAUUAAUAAAUUGUUUCAUAACGUAUCAUAUUGUAUUUAUUUUACUUAUUUCUAUACUCUAGAAGCCCUACACGCCUGUAUUGAAAAAGCUCACUAACAGA